AUGCCUUGGUACCUGUGCUCAGGUGGAUUGGGCUCCAGUCAUACCGUUACUGUACGAGUACAGUCCUACCUUACUGUUGCAAUUUUCACAUGUACCGUACGACCCCUAGAUAGGCUGUCAUCUCAGGGAUCCCCUGGCCUCCCGAAAUGGUACAAUGACCCCUCGCGGUUGCUCAACCCACCGCCUCCAGGUCGCACCUGCACCCGCGCUACGCCAACGCCCAGCGCACCUGCCGUGGACGCUCAACCCGUCAAAUCAGAUAUUGCAGCUCUCAAGCCACCCCCUCUAAGCCUCUACGCGCACUCCCGCGUCUGCUCUCCACUGGUCAUUUCCAGUCCUUGCAAAACCCCCCUGUUGGACAACCGCCUCUCCUCUUCAUCCCACUUCAAAGCUCGAACCCGGGCAGCUUCGCCCUCUUUCUGGGAGACCCGCGGUUCGCAGAAUCAACUUUCUGGAGAAAAAAAAAAGGAAGAGAGAAAACAGAAGAAAAAGGGAAGGAAAAAGGGAAGAAAACUGUGUGCAAAAGCGAAUCAUGAAGCAGCCGCAUCUCAAACGACAGUCGCAAGUGGCCAACUCGCCGUCUCGACAUGUCUCGGCUUACACAGAAGCGACGGACUAUUGCAUCCGGCCAGCUGCCGUCUUCUUCAGACAUACAUGCGACUAUCGCUUUACCCGAGGCCUACUGCGUGCCGAAAAUCUACUGCUGCGUGUGUGAGAGCCGCAGUACUCGUACAGGUCCAACUGAGAGCCCGUGCCAAGGGUCCGAGCCUUACUGCUAGGAAGCUUAAGCGACUGUGGAUAUGCUCAUAUGAAGCGCUUCGUACACAGGUCACGUUGCUGCGGAAAACUCCAUUUGCCUGUGCUGUAUUUGGCCCGAUGUGA